CCACCCGCCCUUUUCUGCCGCGUGCAGCCAGUACGGAGACCCGCUAAAAUGACUACUGUAUAAAUGUCAUAGAAUAAAUGGCGUCCAAAGUAACAGAUGCUAUAGUCUGGUACCAGAAAAAGAUUGGGGCAUAUGACCAGCAAAUAUGGGAAAAAUCUGUAGAACAAAGAGAAAUCAAGUUUAUUAAAUUGGGUUUGAGAAACAAGCCAAAGAAAACUGGGCAUGUAAAGCCAGAUCUCAUAGAUGUUGAUCUUGUAAGAGGCUCUGCAUUUGCUAAAGCUAAACCAGAAAGUCCCUGGACAUCUCUGACUAGAAAGGGGAUUGUUAGAGUUGUUUUCUUCCCAUUCUUCUUCAGGUGGUGGCUACAAGUGACAUCAAAGGUUAUUUUCUUCUGGCUCCUUGUCCUUUAUCUUCUCCAAGUUGCUGCAGUAGUCUUGUUCUACACAGUAGAAGCCACACAUAAUAUACCUCUGACUGAAGUAAUAGGUCCUGUAUGGCUCAUGUUGCUCCUUGGAACUGUGCAUUGCCAGAUUGUUUCAACAAGAACCCCCAAACCACUUCCAAGUACAGGAGGGAGAAGGCGAAGGAAAUUAAGGAAAGCAGCACAUUUGGAAGUACAUAGGGAAGGAGAUGGCUCUAGUACCACAGAUAACACACAGGAAGGAACAGUGCAGAGCUACGGUACAAGCACCCCUUACAGUAUUGGCGCUGUCUUCAGAGAUAUCUGGCAUGCUGCUUUCUUUUUAUCGGGAGCAAAGAAAGCAAAAAAUUCAAUAGAUAAGUCAACAGAGACUGACAAUGGGUACGUCUCACUUGAUGGGAAAAAGACCGGUAAAAACAAUGAAGAUGUUUUACAAUCCCAGGAGCCGCAGUGUGAAGUUAUCAGAUCAGAAGAGACAUGCUGGAGCACAGGAGCAGUCAGAAAUUCAUUCAGUAAUGCAAAUCAUCACAAAGAUAAUCACAGAACGGUGGCAAAUGUGUCUGAUGAAGUUUCAAGUGAAGAGGGACCGGAAGCAGGAUAUCCUUUGCGCCGUAAUGCAGAACGUACUUCCAGCGACUGCACAUUUCGGAAUAGGAAAUCCCAUCAUUAUAAGAAACAUUACCCUGUGGAGGAUAUCCCUAAAUCAGGCACUAGUUGCAGUUCGCGAUGCUCAAGUUCCAGACAAGAUUCUGAGAGUACAAGACCAGAGUCUGAGACAGAAGAUGUAUUGUGGGAGGACCUUCUGCAUUGUGCGGAGUGCCGCUCCUCUUGCACCAGUGAGACAGAUGUGGAAAACUCUCAAGUUAACACAUGUAUAAAGAAAGAGUAUAGAGAUGACCCAUUUCACCAGAGUCACCUGCCCUGGUUUCAUAGCUCUAACCCUGGGCUCGAAAAAGUGAGUGCAAUUGUUUGGGAAGGUAAUGACUGCAAAAAGGCUGAUAUGUCGGUGCUUGAGAUCAGUGGCAUGAUAAUGAACAGAGUAAACAGCUAUGUACCAGGAAUAGGAUAUCAGAUUUUUGGAAAUGUUGUCUCCCUAAUCCUGGGUUUAACACCAUUUGUAUUUCGAAUUUCCCAAGCUAAGGAUCUGGAGCAUUUAACUACACAUUCUGCUGCUGAACUUUAUACUAUUGCAUUUGGGUCAAAUGGAGACAUAAUGGUUCUUUCCAUGGUUAUAGUAUGCUUCAUAGUUCGUGUUUCCCUUGUAUGGAUAUUCUUCUUUUUAUUAUGUGUGGCUGAGAGAACCUACAAACAGAGGCUACUCUUUGCCAAACUCUUUGGCCACCUAACAUCGGCAAGAAGGGCACGGAUCGAGGUUCCUCACUUCCGACUAAAGAAGGUGCAGAAUAUUAAAAUGUGGCUUUCCCUCCGCUCCUAUCUAAAGCGUCGAGGUCCUCAACGGUCAGUGGAUGUGAUAGUCUCAUCUGCUUUUUUGUUGACUAUUUCAGCUGUAUUUAUCUGCUGUGCACAGCUACUUCACGUACAUGAGAUCUUCCUUGAUUGCCAUUACAAUUGGGAACUAGUGAUAUGGUGCAUUUCAUUAACUCUCUUUCUUUUAAGAUUUGUUACACUUGGGUCUGAAACAAGUAAAAAAUACAGCAAUACCUCAAUAUUACUUACUGAACAGAUCAAUUUGUACUUGAAAAUGGAAAAGAAGCCGAACAAGAAAGAAGAACUGACAUUAGUGAACAAUGUUCUGAAACUUGCUACAAAAUUACUCAAGGAACUGGACAGCCCCUUCAGGUUAUACGGAUUGACAAUGAAUCCUCUGCUUUAUAACAUCACUCAAGUUGUCAUUCUCUCUGCUGUUUCUGGUGUUAUCAGUGACUUGCUUGGAUUCAAUCUAAAGCUCUGGAAGAUCAAAUCCUGACAUUUUUUUCCAAAAAAGGAAAAUGGACACAAUCCUCUGGAGAAGAGAACUGAUCGACUCAGCUGCCUCAAAGCAGUUGCUGAUUCUAUAUUUCAGAAGUUUCGAUCUCUACAAGGAUUAUUAUCAUUUGCAAAGUUGAAGUGUUUACAUCUGACUGUCUUGUGCAAUCUUAAUAUUUAUUUUACCUUUUCAUUUUUGUAAAUUUUAUUUUAGCUGACAUUGUAUUUCAUUUUGAAACAUUAAUAUGCUUUGGUUAUUGGGAGGGUAAAAAAAAUGGAUAUCCAGAUACUUGAGAUCCUGGCAAUUGGUCACACUAAAUUGCUCAAACAUGCUUCAUCUGUUAUGAAAGGUGAAGCCCUAAUGCUAGGCUUUUAUACUUCAGAAUUUCUUGUUACAUCAAUGUCAUGCUGAAGUCACUUUAUUGAACAUGUACUAUAAAAUGUUUAAAACAUUUUAUUUUGUACCUUCCUUUCAGGGGUAGUAUCAGAGCACCAGCAUAUUGUUGGUUACAGUAGAAAGUGACAUUUACUGUAAUUACAAUGCAGUAGGCCAGGUUAACUACAUUUUUAUAUAUAUAUAUAUAAAUGCUAGAGCCAGCACAUUUCUUACUGAAGUGGUUCCAGGAUCCUAAAUAUAUCGAUCUGAAGUUUUAAGCAUUGUUGAAGAUUACUAAGGUAUUAUAGCAGGUCAACAAGUGCUCUUUGAUAACAUUUUUAUUGGAGCAAUAACUGUAAACUGUUACUGUGCUGUAAGAUAUUUUGAUAAAAUUAGCUAUAGUAUUUAUUUGAGACACUGGGCUGUUUGCACAGUUCUGACUGUGCCGCUCAAUAUGUGCACUUUUAUGUUACUUAAAUAGUGAUCUUUAGCUAUACUAAAUCGAAUAUAUUCUGGUGGACUAUGUGCAAUAGUGUUACCAUUUGCAAGCUCAAUAUAUUAUGUAGGAAUGCCUCUCCCACAGUACACUGUAGUAUAUGUGACUUAUACCACACAGGGAAUAUAAAAAAAUUGUAAGAUAAGCAACUUUUGAAAUUGUAAUUUCCAAAACUCCGUC